UGCGGGGCGCAGCUCGGCCCCACCGCCCCCGGAGCCCGACGCCCAGAGCCAUGGCCUCGACCCUCCGCCCGCCGUCCCCGCUGCUCGUGCGGGUGUCCGAGUCCAGCCCGCACAUACGCUGGAAGCUGGAAAUCUACUUCCAGAGCCAGAGGUCCGGCGGCGGGGAGUGCACCGUCCAGCCCCUCUACCACAGGGACCAGGUCACCUUCCUGGUGAAGUUCCUGGAAAGGGCAGCUAAAGAGGGAGUCUUGAAGAAAGAAAAGCAUCAGAUUAUGAUUGACAACAAACUUGUGACUAUUUUUCUGGAGCCCACUGAGAAUCCAAUGGAGAGGAAUGCAAGACCAAGAACAUCUUCGUUGCCACAGUUACAGGAAGGGGUGAGGUCUGGUGAGAAGCAUCAAAACAAAGAAUAUAUUCCUGAUGUUAUGGAUUCCUGUCUCCAAAAGAUCUUUCUUAGUGUCACGGCGGACCUGAACUGUAACCUGUUCUCUAAAGAGCAGAGGGAACACAUAACCACUAUCUGCCCCAAGGUCAAAAAGAUGGAAGGGGAUGAUGGAAUUGAGAAGGUGUGUGGUACCUUUGGAGAUAUUGAAAAAAUACAUCAUUUCUUGAAUAAGCAACUCCAGGAAAGUGGGCGCAAACAUGAAUCUUCCCCUUUGACAAUGGAGAGCGAGCCACUCAGUCAGCAGGACCAGAACAGCUGUAUUUCUCCCUUUGAACCAAAAACCAGGACAGAAGACAAAAGCAACCAUCUUGAAAUUCCUUUGCCUUUCUUUGAAUACUUCCAGAAAAGCCAUCCUGAUAAAAUAGACUCAGUACAGAGAAGAUUUGGUGUAAAAAUAAAAAUAACAAUUCAGGAGAGUUCUCUGAAUACUGUCUAUUUAGACUUCACCUCCAAUCAAUCAGGUGAUCUCAAAGCUGCUAGCGAGGCUUUUGUCAGUGAAUUUCAGAAAACCGUAGCAUCUCUGGAGCAGAAAUGUGUUGCUUUCGCAGACAGUGAGCAGGCAAAUAAGAUCAAACAAGAAUUGAAUCAACGGUUUACAAAGCUCCUUAUAAAGGAGAAAGGAGGAGAAUUAACUCUCCUAGGGACCCAAGAUGACAUUUCAGCUGCCGGAUAUUUUUUUGCCCCAAAAGCCUCUGAAAGUCUUGUCAUGGGACCUGUGAAAAUAUCGACUCCCAAAUGCACGAUGAAUGAAAUUGAAGUUGACACUGCUCACUAUCUGCUUGUAAAAGCUGAAUUACUCCAGGAGAUGAGAGAGAUAGAAAAAAAGUACAAUACUCAAUGUCAGGUUUGGAGAGACACUAAGAAAAUCCACAUUCUAUUUGAACCUAAGGACAAAGAAUUCGAUCUGUCUGCGCAUGCGUAUGCAAGUUUCAUCGAUGCCUAUCAACAUGUGUCAAGUCAGCUGAUGAGAGAAGUUCUUUCACUGAAACCUCUGGGCAAAAUGAGAAAGCACUUACGUCAGACCAAGUUGGCUGAUGACUUUAGAAAAAACCAUCCGCAUGUACACUCUGUACUAAAUGAAGAGUCAGUGACUUUGACUGGGUUGCCAGAUCACCUUGCAAAGGCAAAGCAGUGUAUCUUUAAAAAGGGGGGAAUGUCCCCGUUAGCUGGAGAUAAAAGGAAUGAGGACGAAGAAACACCCAUGGACAUUGAUAGUAAUGAUUCAAAAAUAACUUCACCAACAUUCCAGCACUCUGCCAGUUCUGGGGCGUCGGGAGUGGACAAGGAAGAGGAUGUAUGUAUCAUCUGUAUUGACAUCAUUAAUAACAAACAAGUGCUAUCCAAGUGCAAGCACGCAUUCUGCACCUCUUGUAUCAACCAAGCCUUGUCCUAUAAGCCGGUCUGUCCUGUGUGCCAGACUUCGUAUGGUAUCCAGAAAGGCAAUCAGCCAGAGGGGACCAUGGCUGUCACCGUCCUACAUAGCUCACUUCCAGGUUAUGAAUCCUGUGGCUCCAUUAUGAUUGAAUAUAACAUGAAAGGAGGCAUACAAACAAAAGAGCACCCAAACCCAGGAAAGAAAUACUCUGGAGUACGACGAAGAGCAUACUUGCCUGAUAAUGAGGAAGGAAAUGAAGUUUUGAGACUGCUUCGUAGGGCCUUUGACCAAAAGCUGAUUUUCACAGUGGGGGAUUCUCGAGCACUAGGAGUCUCCAACGUCAUUACGUGGAAUGACAUCCACCACAAAACGUCCCCUUUUGGCGGACCACAAAUGUAUGGCUACCCGGAUCCUGGUUAUCUGAAACGUGUCAAACAGGAGCUGAAAAAUAAAGGAAUUGAGUAAGAAGACCGCUGGAGGGAUGUCUUGAGCCAAGCUUUCAAAAAACACAGUUGAAGAGACUCCUUUUAAAACUUUUCAUCUCAAUGAGGCACGUGGGUAGCUCAGACAGUUAAGCAUCUGCCUUUGGCUCAGGUCGUGAUCCCAGGGUCCUGG